CGUAUAAACAUUAGUCAUAUUAUACGAACUUCGAAAUCAACUUAAUCACAUUACAUGAAAUAACUGCUGAAAAUUGUACAUUGCAGAUAAAAAUACUAAAAAUCGAAUAAGCUUACCUAAAAAUAUAGAAUGACGAUUUUAAAUAAAAAUAUACUUAAAAAUUACACUAGGAUCAAUAUUCAAAUAUUCAUAUGAUUUUUACAGAUCUUUAUUAUAGCGCCAUCUGCAAAUAUCUCUUAGACGAACUUGUUUGAAAAGUUUAUUUUUGAUUUGUUUGUGCACGUGUACAUAGCUGCAUAAACAUAGACAAUCAUGUAUUGAGAAAGAAUCUUGCAAUUGCUAGCUCUCUUAUCUUUAGUGUGCAUAAAUCAGCUUUUUAAUUAUAUAUCUAUUAAAUGCUCAUUAUACUCAAUUUAGCCGCCAUAUUUUUAACGCCCAGACCCGGAGAACACAUGAUACUCACUUUCUGAAAGCCAGCACUUGCAAAAGAUCAGCAUUAGUCGCUGCAGCGCUGUCGACUGUGGAUAACGAAGUUUUCCUUUGACGAUAUGAAAAGAAAAAUAGAUUGCCUUGAAUAGUACAUUCAUAUUUUAAAGAAUGGUGACAGUCCAUAAAAAAUUAUUUGUUUCGUACACUCUUUUUCACUUUGAGUGAUUAUUAUUAAAUUAUUGCGCAACAAACUAUUUUUAACAUAAGCUAAAAUGGAACCUAGUUCAUCUAGCACAGCCUCAAAUAGACAUAAUGAAAUUAGUUUGGAAGACAACCAAUUACACGAAGUCCGCCAAAUCCCAAAAUCAAAUUUAAAGAGAGCCUUAUGCCAAUAUUGUGCCACACUAUCAUCAAGUCUAUUAACUCUGUCAAUCGGUAUGAGCAUUGGAUUCUCUACAAUUUUGAUUCCUCAGUUGUACCAAAAAAAUGCUGAAAUCAUUGUCAGUCUCGAAGAAUUGACCUGGAUUGGCAGCAUGAACUACAUCCUCACAACCGUUGGCGCCAUCGCAAGCGGCAUGUUUGCUCAGUGGCUCGGUCGAAAAAUUAUGAUAGUUCUCUUGACCAUGCCCUACAUAGUAUCUUGGUUGAUUCUCCACUACUCCACAAAUUCGUGGAUGCUCUUUACCGCCCUGACACUGACUGGACUGUCAGGCGGUCUUUCAGAGGCACCUAUUCAAACCUACGUGGCAGAAAUCAGCGAGCCAGCCUUACGCGGGUCGUUAUCCGCCACUGUAUCCAUGAGCAUAAUGAUCGGCAUAUUUUUGCAAUUUCUCAUUGCUGGCUACCUUUACUGGCGAACCCUCGUUCUCGUGAAUCUCGCUGUGCCGAUCGCUUGUCUACUGCUGAUGAUUAUGAUGCCCGAAAGCCCACAUUGGUUGAUCACUAAGAACCGCUUUGACGACGCAGAACGAGCUUUGUGCUGGUUGCGCGGUUGGACCACGGCUAGCGACGUGAGGGAAGAAUACCAAACGGUGUUUCACACGCCCGCAACAUCGAGACCUGUUAACGAGAUCAUCAUCGAUCGCAAAUCAUCUCGCAGUCAGUUUCUGAAGAAAGUCAUCAAACCAUAUCUCAGAAAAGCGGUCCUACUGCCAUUUUGCACAGUGUCUUACACAUUUUUCGUGAGCUGCUUCAACGGUAGCACUCCUCUUCUGAUCUUCGCUAUUCCGCUGUUCGAAAAAUUCAACUCGCCGAUUAACGAAUACACCGCGACCAUGAUAAUGGGACUGCUCAAAGUCAUCGCGUCAUUGCUUCUCAUUCUUCUCAUUCGUUAUACCGGGAAGAGAAAACUCAUUUUUCUAUCUCUAGCCGGCACUGGAGCUUCGCUGCUAAUCGUAGCGAUUUACAGUUACGCUCGCGAUCAUUGUGAAAUCGAUGUUAAGGACUACACGUGGAUACCGACAGCUAUGAUUCUCAUAUCUGUGUUCGCUUCGACGCUUGGAAUCAAAGGCAUCCCUUGGAUAAUAUCCGGGGAAGUAUUUCCUACGGAUGUUCGAAGCGUCGCGAACGGAUUAGUCAGUUCUACGUGCAACGUUUACUCGGCGAUAGCUAGCAAAGUGUUUUUGUACAUGAUCCGGGAUAUGACCAUGGCUGGAACUUUUCUCUUCUUUGCGAUGGUCAAUGUCAUGGGUCUGAUCGUGCUAUACUUCAUACUACCCGAGACUGAGGGUAGAACGCUCAAGGAAAUCGAAGAUCACUAUGCGGGUGUUUGUAAAUUCAAAGAUGCAUCCAAACCGAUGGAUCAGGCACCUGUAAAUAACGUGGCCUAGCAAUGUGCAACAAAAUUGAAAAUAAGAUAAUUUAAAGAGAUCUCGACGUAAAGUGUCAUGCAGGAAUUAUAAAAAUUUAUUUGAAUCGUACGAAUUUUACGCAUUGAUUGAAAGAAAUUGUUGUUUGACAGUAUGUAUAAAUACAAUGCGAAAAUUCAGUAUUAUAUGAGAUUCAUUACACUUAAAAUUUUCAUAUGAUUUUGUAUUAAAUGGCAAUUACAUGGUUGGCAACUUUUUAACAUCCUAAAAAAUGCAGCUUUUAUACAUUUAUGGAGAUACCUUUUUAAAUAUUUGAUUUCACUUGUGCUAAUUUGUUCACUACAAAGAAACUGGUUGAUAAAUUAUUAAUUUAUACGUUUUUAUCCCAAGAAUAAACCGUUACCAAAAUAACAGCUAUGGAUUAAGCAAUAUAUCUACUGAUGCCAGUCUUAUCUACUUUUUAAUAAUUUUUAUAAUACAUAUAUUAUAUUUAAUGUAUAGGAAUCAUUCAAUGCAUGUUUGUACACUCGAAGAAAUUUAUCAUCAAGGUUAUACCUUAAUUUAAUUUAUUCAGUAUACGUAAGCUAGUGCAACUUAUAGCAUAUGCUUAACUAGAUUUACACCAGAUCUGACUUUAGAUCUGCAUAGUUGUACAAAAAAAGUAAAUUACUUGGUACAUUAAUUUUUAUGGUAUUUUAAUUUAUAUAAAUCGUUGGU